CUUUAAACGCGAUGUUACUGAUAGCAGACAUAGCUACGGGUCUUCGUCGAAGCGACGAGUUUCUAGACGGACGAUUGAGAGUGUUACUCCGAAAACAGUCGAGUCGACCUACCAUUGAAGUCAAAGUUUGACUUACCCAGUUUAUUAACAAUAAACUUUUCACUGCGUUGAAAUCGGAAUGUCUAACCUAUGGCAUUCAACGCGUGCCGUGCAAAUCGGGACUUUAAAGUGGUUGACGUGCAAUUCGUCGCUUAUUUCCCACAAUAAUACGUUUCGUCACAUUCAUUCUCUUGACAGGUUUUCCAGUUUUCACAUCAAGCAACUUCGAAACCGAUGCUUUCGACAUGGGAACAAGAGAUAUUACACAGCAUCGGCAAAGAAAACCGUGCGCAUAGGCUGUGCAUCGGGCUUUUGGGGAGACACUGCAACUUCAGUACCACAGCUCAUAUAUAAAGGGAAUGUGGACUUCCUUGUGUUUGACUACCUCUCAGAGAUCACCAUGUCUCUGCUCACAGCAGCCAAAGCCAAGGUCCCUAAUCUAGGGUAUGCUCCUGAUUUUGUCAUGUCUGCUGUAGCACCAUUCAUCAAAGACAUCCAUAAGAAAGGUAUCCGUGUGGUGAGCAACGCUGGUGGCGUUAACCCUCUGGCGUGUGCUGCCGCGCUGCAGGAAGUCGCCCAGAAGGCCGGCGUUGCCCUGAAGAUUGCCGUGGUGACCGGAGAUGACCUCAUGCCACAGAAAGGCUCCCUGGGUGAGGUCAGAGCGGUGGACUCAGACAGACAGAAGGCCCUCCCUAAAACGCUCCACAGCAUGAAUGCCUACCUUGGCGCUGUGCCCAUUCAGCGCUGCCUGGACCUGGGAGCAGACAUCGUGGUGACUGGCCGCUGUGUGGACAGCGCUGUGGUACUGGGCCCUCUCAUGCACUCGUUUGGUUGGGAUCAGAGCAACUAUGACCUGCUGGCGGCUGGAAGUCUGGCUGGUCACCUGGUAGAGUGUGGAGCCCAGAGCACAGGAGGGAUCUUCACUGACUGGCAUCAGGUGCCUGACUGGGAUAACAUGGGCUUCCCUGUGGUCGAAUGCUCUGCGGAUGGUUCCUUUACACUGGCCAAACCUCCUGGGACGGGGGGCCUAGUGUCCUUUGGUACAGUGGCCGAACAGCUUGUUUACGAAAUUGGUGACCCGCGGCGAUACCUCCUCCCCGAUGUCACGUGUGAUUUCUCCCAGGUCACUAUCACGGAAGUACCAGGAGCUGAGGGAGGUGCUGUGACAGUGGCCGGAGCCAGAGGCCUACCACCUUCAGCAGACUAUAAGGUGUGUGCCACAUACAUGGAUGGCUUUAGGGCCACAGCAGUGUGUCCAGUGAGCGGGCCUAGAGCAGCUGAGAAGUCAAGACGCACCGCACAGAGCAUCAUCAAGAGAGUCAGGCGCAUAUUCAAGCAGCUUGGCCUGGAGGACUUCAGCGCUGUGAACAUCCAGGUCCUGGGAGCGGAGGACACCUACGGGCCGCACGCCUCUGGCCAGAGUGCCAGAGAGGUCGUGUUAUGGAUGGCUGUCCAUCACAAACAGAAGAAGGCGCUGGAGAUCUUUGCCAGAGAAAUUGCGCCCGCCGGAACAGGCAUGGCUCCUGGGCUCCUAGGGAUUGUUGGAGGCAGACCCAGAGCAUCGCCCGUGCUGAAGCCUUUCUUCUUCCUCCAUCCUAAAGCAGAAGUCAAGGUUGAUGUCCACCUGAAUGGAGAGCUGGUGGAGACGCACACAGAAGUGACCCCAUCUCCGGAAGCACUCUCAUCACCCCCACCCUCAGGGACCCCUGAAACAUCUGCAGAUCUACCCAGCGGCCCUCACAACUAUCGUCUAGAAGAUUUAGCCUACACCAGGAGCGGGGACAAAGGUGACUCGUCUAACAUCGGAGUUAUCGCGCGGCAUCCUAUCUUUUACCCGUACCUGAAGAAGCACCUGAGUGCCUCAGUGGUGGAGGAGUACUUCCAGCACCUCAUCCAGCAGGACGGCACCCACAGGCCAUCCGUCACCAGGUUUGAGUUGCCAGGCAUCCAUGGCCUUAACUUUCUCCUGCAGAACUCCCUCGGUGGGGGAGGGAUUUCUUCGUUACGCAGUGACCCUCAGGGCAAAGGUUAUGGACAGAUGCUACUUGACUACGAACUGAAGGGACUACCUGAUCUAAAAUCACUGGUGGACUAAAGCAGGGCCUCUUAUGUUUUUGAACAUUGGUAACACUUUAAUGAACAGAAUAUUUUUAUAUCCAAUACAGCAUUAGAAUGUCAGUAUGAAACAGGAUCUGUAUAGAUAUAAUUUGUAUUUCAUAACAUGACUAAGAUUAAAAAUAAUAAUAAAA